UCGAGGGAGCGAUUUCGUCAUAGAGUUCGACAGCUGAUCUGGGGACGGGGUGCGGAAUGUUUGGUGUUUAAAGCGGGUUGCAGGGAAUUUAACGAACUGAUGCUGAAUCAGAUUUACGUCGCUUGCAACCUUGAAUUGCUAUUGUUAUGCACACACGGAUAUUGGGGUUACCUUAACAACCGGUUGUCAUGGUGUAGACCACAAGCUUCACAGAUCGUUGGUUCACCUAACAUAACACAAACUGAUUUGAAUUUGUUAUUUUUGUUGCAUUGUUUUAUAAACACUGGACAUUUCAAUGACUGGAAUUUUUUAUAUUUUUCUUUGUUGAAUAUAAGUCUAGAUGUAAGUACAACUAAUGCAAUAAAUAUGCAACGAAUAAACUACCAAGAAACCAAGAAGGUAAGAUCUGCCAGCCAAUACCUGGCGUGUCCUCUUCGGCCUUAUAUGUGCUAUGUUCAGGGUGAGCUACAGCAAGAGAUGUCUUACCUUAGGUCAAAGGUGUUCCCCUACCUGGAUUCGCUUUGCCUGACCAGAGGCACCUGUUUCCGACCCGUGGACUUGCAGCAAAGCAAAGAGGAAGGAGAUGAAGAUGAUGACAAUGGUGAAUGUUGCAUCAAAGGUCAUGUAGAUGAACACAGCUUCCAAACAACCCAUGAGCCACCUACUCUCCCUGGUCAGCGGUUAAAAAUCAGUCUGGAUCUCAUUGAUCGGUCAUCAUUUUUUAUUUGUCUUCUUGGACACAGAUAUGGUCAGUUUCUGCAAGAGGAGAAUGGGUCCACUGACUUCGGACCGUGUUCUUUGUCCGAGGUGGCCAGAAGUUUACAAGUUGCUGCAAUGAGCGGUUACCCUUGGGUCAUGGAGGACGAGUAUCGGACCUGUAGCCUGACAGAGCUAGAAAUCAUCAAGGCGGCAUUUCAUGACACACACAGAAUCUGUUUCUUUUAUUUUAAAGACUUUACACACCAGGACAAUGUGGUUAAUAGCAGCGAUGACAUGUUCUUAUCCUUGAAAGAAAUGUACAUUGAAAGCCACAGUGUGAGACAUCGAAUGAGAAAUCUUAAAAAAAGAAUCAUAGAUCUAUGUCUUCCUGUCAGAUUUUUCAGAAACCUGCAUGAGCUUGGAAUGAUGAUAAGGAAGGACUGGGAAGGGGUUAUAAAUCAGGUUUAUGAAGAUCCAAAAUAUCCUAUUUAUGCAGAAAGUCAAGAUUUUUUUGAUCUCCAUUAUCAUAAGAGCCACGUCGGUGCAUUGUGCAACUGGUUUGUGCCCUCAACACAAGCGACAGAAAUACUGAAUGAAUUAAACACAUUUGUGCAUUCUAUAACUCGUGGCACAAAAUCUAAGAGGUAUUUGGGAAAUCCAGAAGGUCAUUGCAAGUGUGAUCUUGGCAGCAUUGAAUCAAAAAAGUCUGUGUUACUGAUAUGUGGUGAAAGAGGUUGUGGGAAGUCAACUCUGGCAGCAUGGUGGCUACAGACCUUUUGCAGACUCAAUCCAGAUGUUCCAGUCAUCUCUCACUUCUGUGGGACAAGCAUGUCAAGCACUGAUGUCAGAUCUAUAUUGAGACAGUGGACGGCUGAACUUCGAAGAGUUCAUUAUGUUAACAUUUUAGAUUGGGAUGGUAUUUUGGAAAAAGGCACUGAGCUUGGACCUCUUUAUCUAAUGGUGCAGGCGUUCUCUGCAGCAGCCAAUCUUGGGCCUUGCGUACUUUUAAUAGAUGGUGUUGACCUUUUGACAGAAACAUUUGGACUCUCAGUUCAAGAGGUGAAGGAACUCAGUUGGUUGCCAGAUGCUCUACCUCCCCACUGUAAACUUAUCAUUACAACAACCUAUACAGACCUAACUUACAAAAGCCUCACUGCCAGGACUGAUGUCCAUACUCUCACUUGCCCCCAUCUCUCUGAUCCCAGCGUCCAUCAUAGUAUUUUACUUAAACAUCUGUCUUUACCUUGCAAAAAACUGCCAACCAAUGUUUUGCAAAGAAUGGGGUGUAAGAAGCUCUGUCACUCGCCAGCCUUUCUAGCUCUCUGUGGUACAGAGUUGCGGUCGUGUGGGGUGCAGAGAGAGAAAGAGCUCUUGGAGAAAUACAUAGACAUUGAUUCUAUUCCAGAGCUUUGGGUGAAGGUCAUUCUUCGCUGGGUGAAAGAUUACAGUAGGUCUGCAACAACAGAAGCUAUUAGUCCUUGUAAAGCCCCUGCGUCUAUACCAAAAAUUGCAUCAUUUAGAGAGGACCUGUCAGGCUGGGUAUGGGACACACUAUGCUUGCUUCAAUUCUCUCAUGCGGGUCUGACUGAGGUUGAGGUUCUGGCCCUUUUGAAAGAUCUAGGCUACUGUGGAAAUCUCAAAGUUCAGGUCCUGGAGUGGGCCAGACUGCACUCCGCUUUUUGGCCCUGGGUUCAGGAGAAAGCUAAUGGUCAUUUGACCAUCAUGCAUCAGUCUUUUAGCCAAGCUAUAAACAUGUUGCUUGGUUCGAGGUGUCAGAUUAAGAGUCAAAAUGACUACCAUCGGAUCCUUGCUGACUUUUUUCAGAAGUCCAGUUUGCAACUUUGUUCCUGGGUACGAAAGAUGGAAGAGAUUCCCUGGCACCUGAUGCAGAUUGGCUCAUUCAGCGAGCUACACAGUUUCCUCAGCAAUUUAGUUACAACAGAGGCUCUGUCAAGCAGCCUGAAGCAGCACCCACAGCUGAUAACUGAUGUUGUUCAUUAUUGGGCACUACUAAGGGAGAAAGGUUUUGAGCCUGCUUCUUCUUUUCACAAUCUGAUGGUUCUGUGUUGUAGAAUGGAAAGUCUUGAUGGUUCCUUUGCAAAUCACAUCAGCACAUGGAAGUUAUCACUGUUCUGCUCAAAUGUUCUCCUCUGUUUUGGUGAGAUCCAUCGGGCAGAGGAGCUGUUACUACAAGCUGAUCAAAUUUUCCAAAAGGGCAGAUGGAAAGCUGAGGAGCUUGAUAAAGACGUUUUGAGUUUACCACUAAAGGUGCAACAUAUGCUGGCCAAUCUUUAUGUUCAAAUGCAUCUGCUGAAGGAUGCAAAGAUGUAUUGUUACAGGGGACUUGAGACAGCUCAGUACCUGGCAGCCCACCACAAUAGCGCAGAAGUCAAACUGAUAGUUGGACAGCUUCUGUGUCAUCUGUGUCUGAUAUUGCGGCAAGAUGGAUGGCUAUAUGCAGUUCCAGAACUUCUGAAAGAGAUCAGAUCUGAUAGAUACACGUCUGCCCAUCCUUAUUCUGAAAGCACUGUGUUGCUGUUAAAGGCCAUUCACAAACUGAGUCUUAAUGAGACCCAAACAGCUGAGAAAUGCCUCCAAUCUGCCCUGGCCAUCAGGAGGCGCUGGUAUGGUUCUGACCAUCCACUGGUGGGAGAAGUGGAGGAGAUCCUUGUAGACCUCUGGGUUGACACUCAGUCAGACACAGAUUGGGUACAGAGGAGGAUCAUUGAAAUGUAUCAGCAUGUUUUAAGCAUUAAAGAGACUGAGGCUCAGACAUUUAAAACCAUGAACCUGCAGCACAAUCUUGCUGUCAUUCUGGUGAAGUUUGGUAAAGUCCUACUGCGUAGCAGCAGUAAAGCAGAAAGGAGAGAGGGGCUGGAUCUACUGGGUAGAGCUUCAGAUAUAAAGAUUCGCUUCCUGGGCCCUGAGCAUCCACACAACAGAGAGCUGGAGCAGUAAAGUUGCCGGUCUGCAAAUGUCUUCUCACCCGGCCAGCUGGGUGGAAGGGGGAAGCUCUGAAGGGACAAAACCAGUAGAUGAAUGUUCAUUUACAUUUAUUCCCUUAGCACAUGCUCUUAUCCAAAGCAACUUACAGUACAAAUUCAACACUUUGUUUCACUCCUGUUCUAUUCUGAGGUGGAAUAGAUAAACUUUGUACUAAAGCAAAGAUCUUUUAUAUAUUUACAUUAUAUUUAUUUACACCAAGAAAUGUGAGUCUAUUAUAAACUGAAUAAACAAAACUUGUUCCUGUUUUUGUUAAAAGCACAAUAUACAUUUUGUUCUUAUAAAUAAAAUGAACUAGAAUAUAUUUGGGUAUUUCUCAGAUUACGGGCCAAAUUGGGUUGCUGCAAUUUUGAAAAUUUAAAUUCCAAAUUUGACUAAUUGGUAUACAUCAAAUUAUCAGUCCUUAUGUCAGGAGCGACGUUAUGAGCUUGGUUGAGACCAUAAGAUAAGGGAAUAUAUGAUUGUUUUGCCAUUUUCUUAACUAUGUUUAGUAAAUGUGUCUUUACCCUCACAUCAUUAAAUAUAUGUAAAAAUAAAUAAAUAAAACUUAAAUGAUAAAUCAGGGCUUUUAAAACAUUUUGUGGUUUUUUACAUGUAAUCUAAUUUAUCUUGAACUUAAUGAGAUUUUUAUUUGCAAGAUGAAUUAUAGUCAUUUACGUAUCUAAAUUUCUGAUUCAUCAAUCUACCCUGGCGUGGAAUCUAAGCUUAUUUUAAGUUAAUGCCAUACAUAAAAACUUUCUAAUAGUGAUCAUUUAGAUUGUCCAACAUUGUUAGAAAUGUAUAAUUGUAGGAUGAUUUUCUAAUUUAUAAAUAAUUUAUUGGCAAAACUAUAUAUGGUGCUGGUAAUGACACUUUUGUCAAAAAAACUAGCCUUACUAGCAAAGAUGAUGACUAAGCAAGUGUCGCUAGCUUUCUACAUAUAUUAUACACAAUUUUAACUAUUAAAGUGAUAAAAAUACUUCAAAAAUGUUUAAAAAUACAGAAAUACAACACAUAUGGUAAUGACGCAUAAUAAGUGUACAUGCCCAACACAAAGAAUAAAGAGUAGAUUUACUUACUUUUCUGGACAUCAAGGCAUCAGUCUUGCAGCUUGACAUAGAUGUGCUCCACUAUGUCAUUAGGUUACCAUGGCUACCAAAUAAACUUUUGAUGAAAAAACAGUGGGAAAGUCCCUUUAUGCAUGUUGGUAAUGACAGCUAAACCAUGGCGACAGGUAGAAAUUAAGCAAAAUAAAGUACAAAAUGCAUAUAUAUGCUUGUGCAGGUAGUUUAUUAGUUCAAGUUACAUUUAAUUCAUAUAUGCAUAUAUUUUUUAUUAAUUUGUGAUAAAUAAUGUUUGAGAUAUGGCACAACAUAUGAAAACUCUUGUGAAGGACAACACCAAAACAUGUUGUUGUACCACAAAACACCAAUAAAAUGUGAUAAAAUUAUUAGUAAGAGCAGCCAUAAAAAAGUUCUAGGCUUGUUUUUAUUUAUACUAAUUAAUGGUGUUCAAAUUUAUUAGAUUUGAUUCGUUUUUAAUAGAAUUACACCCUGUGGGCAUAAAUAGGCCCGAAUUCUGGGAAAUACCCAGAUACAGUAUAUUUUUAAUUCUUCAGUACUUUGGAAAACGUGUUGUAUCUAUUGUAGUAUUAUUUAUCAUUUUAAUAUACACACAUUAAUGUAUAUGUUGUAUACUGUGAAGAUUGCAUUCACUUUUACAGUAAAAAAUAUU